UUUAACAUUAGGAGGUUCUACUAAUCACCAAUACCUAGUAAUUUGUUAUUUGGGCGAGGGGGUUCAUGAAUCGAAUCAAACACUUUUCUAGUGGUGUUAGACAAGUCACUUAGCUAGCUAGUAGUUGAGUCAAGAUCCGCAUCAACACUUUUUGGUAUUUGCUACUUGUUUGUCCAUGUACUUCAUCAGGGAAUUACGUAUGCUUGUUUUACUAGCAUAAAGAACAAUAUUACUGACUCAACUAUAUUGAAAACAAGUUAAGUUUUAUGGUUUAAACGAAAUUUAGCAAAAACGUGUUAUCAAGCAUUUUGUGGCCUCUGUGGUGCCCAAAUCUGCAAUGUUGGGCUCCAAUAGGGACUUAGGCAUGCUGGUGGAGCUGGGCGAGGAAGUCGAGGAUGACAGCUCCGUGGAAGCAGAAUAUGCUGCCAUCAACUCCAUGCUGGACCACAUCAACUCCUGUCUAGACCACUUGGUAGAAAAGAAUAAACACCUCCAUGCCCGACUCCAGGAACUGCUCGAGUCCAACCAGCAGGUGUGCCUUGAGUUCCAGCAGCAGCUGGGAAGGGCCCCCAGGGAUGCCAGCCCCUGGACUCCAGGAAACCCCCAACCAGGCCCCAACCCUGUCUAUCUGGGCCAGGCUCUAGCCUGGGCACUUACCACCUGACUUAGAUACCUUCUCAAGGGUUGGCCUACAGGUACCUUGGCGGUUCUGUCUGCUUGAGCCAUUCUUCAGGUACUGCCCUCAAUGUGUCUAGGCUAACCCUCACCCCCAAAACAACCUCCCCUCCCCACGUCAAGUGUGGGCCUUGCCUGCCUGCCCAAUUCCUGGACACUCUCUGUUUUGCCCAGGCCUUGAAUGUCCACAUUAAAUGGGUCUCCAACAAUUUAAAAAAAAAAAA